UACUUUUUAAACGUACCGAAUUAUCCUCUACACUAGAUGAUAAUUUAGGAUCAACAAUUUUACCGGAGGUUCUUGAUCAUAAUGAUGGCGAGCAUCGACCACCAACUGACAUAAAACUACUCGUACAAGAAUUACAAAAACCUUGUCCUUUGGACACGCUCAUCAAAUUAAUUAGAGAAUUAUGCGAUAUCGUGACGAAAUAUACGUUCACCGAUUUGACUGAAGUGUGGACUUAUGUCGGUGAAUUACUCUCGCCCGAAAAACCUAUUGAAGCAAGAACUAUCGCAUUUCAAUUUAUGAUUUCUUGCAUUAGAGGUCAACCUGCAGAAAAUUUGGGUUUCCUGAGAGUGAUAUUUUACGACUGUAUAAAAUCUCAUAAUAUGUCUGAGGAUUUUGAACUCAGGUUGUUAGCGUUGAGAGAGCUUUGUAAUGACGGCAGAAACAUUUCUUCGUUUGAAAAGAAUCUGGUGAAAUUGCUCUCCGAAUGGGUCAAUGAAACGGUGCAACAAUUAGAUGAUCGAAACAUUACUAAAGAAGCUUUGUCGAAUGUUUCGCAGGAGACGAACUCCAACUCAACAACCUCAGCCAUAGUUUCAGCUGUUGAGACCAUAACGGAAACAACGGAACUAGAUCCAAUAUCCCAUUUGGACAAUCCGACAAGGUUACAAUCAGUGAUUAGUCUUUUAAAUCAUGUGGUGAAAUUUAAUUUUGCACAGUUCGAAGAACACGACAUUACUCGUCUUGUUGAAGAUAUCGCAAUUGCCUGUAAGAAAUCAACCGAUGUUUCCGACAUAGCUUGCUGUCUUGAUUUUUGGGAUAUCAUUGUACGUUAUGGGUACGUGCCCGCAAACUCCUUAGAAUCAUAUGUACAGGUUCUCUGUGACAAGGUUAAUCAAAAGGACGUGAUUUCACAAAAAAGUUGGCACAUCAUGCGCAAUCUCCUAAGAAGUCAUUGUGCGUACGGUGCCAUAAAGAUAUUAUGUAGUAAUUUGGAGAGUUCGGAAGUUGUAACUCCCGAGACAACAAACAUAUUAAGAGGAUCUGUUUCAUUUCUGGGGUGGGCGACAUGGGGGUCCGAAGAAGUUGAUUCCUUAUUGCAUACCUAUCAUUUCACUGUUCUCUCAGCAAUGAACAAGUCGGCAAAAAUAUAUCCGGAUGUUACGGUUCAUCUGGAAAUUUUAAUGCAGAUCAAUGAUCUCGUCGCAAAAUGUAAGAAUAUCGCUUCAUUAGAAUGGGAAAUAAUAUUGAACAUCUUGGACAAUACAUGUUAUCACUUAUUGGACAAUGAUGGUUCGGGUUCGAAUGUGAAAAUAUUGGACACUUCAAUAAAGGAACCAUCUGACCUAACCGGUAUUCCGGGAUUUGUCGGUGCCUAUAGUAAAUUGAUAUUACAGAUUCAGUUGUUAUACAUGUCUUCCUCGUUCGAGGGAUCGACCUCACGUUUCAUUAGUCUCAUUCAAAAGCUAAGAGAUCUCGCGUCUGAAACUACCAUUAUCAUGCUUCUCGAUUAUUAUGACUCUGAGCAUGCACUAUAUCCUUCAUCACCGGAUUGGCUCGUAAUGUUGGUCGACGUAGUAAACACCUUCUUUAUCGCAAAAAAAACGCCUGAUAUUCGCUUGAAAGUUUUGACAAUGACAAUAGACGUUUAUGAAGUUACCAAGGAUGUCUAUCAGGAACAACUUGUGGAGGCAGUCAUCCUGCCCAUGCUCACAGGGCUACCAGGAGAAACUGAAAUAGAUAUAUCGGCAGUUUCAAUGGAUUUCUUGGUUACUGUACUCAAGGAUGCGCCACCGCGUGCAAAAACUCAGUAUUUCCAUUCGUCAGCAUGCAAGUGUGUUACUUCCACCCAUAGCCUCAUAGAUAUAUUUCAGUGCUAUUUAUACAAAGCUGACUUUCCGGAACAGAGCAUGGAAGUCUAUUCGGAAAUAAUAAAGAUUCUUGGUGAUUUUUCGGCUCCCGUAGAUUGUCGCUUAACAUUGUUACAAUUGUUGGUUCGAAUGAGGGCAGACAAUGAUUAUCGAAUCUAUUUCGUUGAAAACAUAGACAUUAUGGAUGGCGCACACGUUUUACGUCGAGAUUGUGAGAUUAUGACUGGGCACAGUUUAUCACCAACUUCUGAAAGAUCAGGUUCUUCUAAUAGUGCUACCUCGGGAGCCGAAAAGAAAGUUGCUUCGAAAAAGAUCGAGCGAAGGGGAAGUCUGAAGGAAACAGUAUCUCAAUUGAUCAAGCCAACCUCAAUAGAAAGUAGAACUAUUCGGGAAGAUGAUCCUGCAGAAGCCUCUCGUGAAAGACUUUGGCAAAUACCUGAAA